AUGCCUAUAUCUCCAUCAAUUCUGCUGGAAGAAGACUGUAUCCAUGAGCUUUUUGCUUUAGUAGCCGCCCGUUCGGCGUCUCCGACGAAACAUAAAGCACGAGUCGCUUCACGCCCCAACCUCCGAACCCUCUCUUUCCACUUCACAACCACACGGGUAGCGAGGCGAGGAAACCUUUACCGACAGUCUACGUUUUCCAUCCCCAUCGAACACAAGAUGAUGGACAGGCUUGUGGAACAAAUAAUUCUCGCUCCUGCCCUCAGUCUUUGGACAGAGUGUGGCCUUCCUCCAGAUGAGCUACGCUCGUUGAAGUUGGACAAUUGUCCGGAUCCAGCUGUGAAGUCAAAUUUCAAGCUCGGAACGGCAGCACAGACUUCGAUUGGAAUCUCAGCGCUCGGGGCAGCCUAUUUUCACAAACUGAGGACGGGGGAAAGGCAGGAGGUCAAGGUUAACGCUAGGCAUGCUAUCAUCGAGUUCAACAGCGAAAAGUACUACACUAUCGACGGUAGUACAUACACAGAAGGCCUUCGUGACGAGCUAACGGGCAUGUACCGUGCAAAGGAGGGUCAUGUUCGACUUCACAUGAACUUCCCACAUCACAAACAGGACAUCCUCCGCCUUCUCGGCCUCACUCCUGCCACCGCCACGCGAGCAACAAUUGAGAAAGCGCUCUCUUUACACACAGCCCUUUCGUUCGAAGAGAUAGCCAUGGCACAGAAUCUACCAGUUGUCGCUCUUCGUCCGUUCGCAGAGAGCGAUGCGCUCCCUCACGCCAGGCAGGCUGUGAAUGACGGGCCGAUAGACAUUAGGAAGAUAGGGGACGCACCGAAAAGGGAUGUUUCGAAGUAUGCCACGCGGGCAGUGGAGGGGGCGCUGGAAGACAUCAGAGUUUUGGAUUUAACGAGAGUUUUGGCGGGUCCGAUUUGUGGGAGAACAUUGGCUGCUCAUGGUGCCGAUGUGCUACUCGUCACCUCCCCCAACCUUCCUGCCCUUCCUGCCCUAGAUGUCGAAACAUCUCGCGGCAAACGCACUACUCAACUUGACCUUACUCUCGCCGCCUCCCGACCAUUACCCAAUCCUCCCUCCACAGCCACCUCCCAAAAUCCAAUGACUUCUCAGUCGCCUCCUCCCGCUAUCCCAUUUAGUACUAAACCCAAUACUCAACAAUCUCCCAUUUCAUCCCCGCCAAUGUCACCUGCUGCCUCUCAAUCUACCCAUCCGUCUACGCACCCCACUCCGGCUCCUGGCGUCUCAUCCACAUACCGACCCCCUUUGAGUUCGCGCGCUUCUCAUCCCUCUGCAACAACUCCGACUCCGCCUUCAAAUCGCAGUCCGCCCCUAAGUCGUGGUUCGACGAUGACAUCAGUUCCUACAACCUCCACAAUGAAGCCGACACCAGUGACGUCUCCUACACCCUCUUCGAAGGAACAGCCAACCCCCCAGCCGUCAUCGACCCCAAUUUCGACUCCAAGUUCCACCUCAAGACCAAUUACCACUACCUCUCCGUGUACCUCGAAACCCACGACCGUUCCCGCCACUACUCAUCAGUCCAUAGGUGGUGCUCGCUCCUCUGCAGCUGCCGCCUCCGAGUCCCAACCAUCUCUUACCGACUCAGAUAAACUCCGCAACCUCGUCAAAGACUGUGACGUUUUCCUACAGGCGUACAGGCCCGGCGGCCUAGCGAAGAAAGGGUUUGGGCCUGAAGAUGUGGCGAAGAUGAGGCCGGGAGUUGUUUAUGCAAGUUUGACGGCUCAUCAGAGGGGUGGCGCAUUGGGCGACAUGAAGGGGUUCGAUUCCCUUUUGCAGACAAUGGGCGGGAUGAAUGUCGCGGAAGCCACCGCCUACGCGCAAUAUCUCCAGGAAUCUAACCCACAGUUCGAUACCUCUAAUUUGCCGCCGUAUCGCGAGUUACCAAUGCAAGCUCUAGAUCACGCUGCGGGAUAUUUCUUGGCGUAUGGCAUAUCUGUGGCGUUGUGUAAGACUAUCACGGAAGGUGGCUCAUGGGAAGUCCAUGUCUCACUUGGUGCGGUUCUCCACUGGAUUCGCACACUCGGAUUGCUCAGCCCCAAGACCGCCUUCGGCGAUUCAACGCCCUCUCUCCCUCCGCAUUCCGACCCCUUGGACCCCGAGAUCCAGCUGUUGAGCGUGGAGAUCGAGGAGGCCAUACCUAUCGACGACAUUGAGGACCAUGAUUCCGAUAGGAGAGGCGCUGGUGCGCAUACUAGUCGACAAGUAGCUUCCGAAGUGGAUGAUAACGGAGGUCUGGGAGCGAGCGUCGCCACCUUGAGGAGGCCGAGUUUCAAAGGCGGUGAAGGCAGCAAUGUCAGACGCCCGAGCUUCAAGGCUACCUUCUCCAGUAUAGGACUCAGUGGACUCAGUGUCGGCGCCAGUGGAAGUGGUCCUGGCACUCCUAGCAUUGGAGAAUCGACGAGGCUUAGCGGGUUGAGACCAGAGGAAGAGACCAGAACGAGAAAGAUGACCGUUAUUCGGCAUGCGGCAGAGAUGAGUAGGACGAAGGUGAGGGCGGGUAAGGCUCCAAUGAGGCUCGAUGCGAACGAGCCAGUUUGGUUACCGAGGGAUUGAAGGACGUGCCAAUGACGCUUUUGGGGUCUGGUGCUAAGCGUUAGGUGCUUGGAUGGGCUGGUUGAGUUUUGGGAUUCUUAGGUUCGCGCGCGAAGUAUGGCAUCAAACAUUGUAUCUAUAUUUACGAAGGAUGGUGAUACCGGGGAUAGGGCAUUGGGAUUAGGUUCCGAGCGGGAUUUUACUGCGAUUUUGC